UGACAAUAAUUUUCCAAGAUUAAAAGUCUAGGUUUUUUCAAUAAAAUUUCAUAAGUGAAGGCCUCUUUCUUCUCUGUUUUUUAUGUUUUUCUUUCAUUGAUGCUAGUUUUUUAGGAGUUUUAUGAUCUUAAUUCUAUACAACUAUAAACUUUUUUUAGAGUACCUAGUCUGACAUUUUCCUUCCGCUAUGUGUUUUUAAUUAUUUUCUAUAAUUUUUUUAUCAAAUACUGUUUUAUCUUUUCCAUUUACUAGUUUAUUAUUGUAAUUUAUUACAUUGACAAGGUUUAUCAUGACAGGAAAGGGUUGGAGAGAAAAGGGGGGUGGGGCAGUUGUUACCAUUUGAAAGACAAUGAUCGAUUGUGUAUGAGAUACAUUAAAAAGAAACAUUUAAAUCAAUUUCACAUUAGGGAAGAAGGAAACUGUUGUCCUAUUAUAAAGUUUAGCUAGCUAUAGAAUAGUUACGGUUUGCCAGUAACUAUAGGCAUGCUAAGCAGGUGUUGGAAACACAGAUUCUUGAGGAUCUUUGCUGGUUUUGCUGUCUUUUAAUUUAAUUUGGAAAUUAUCUUUUUAGAUCAACAUAGCAGAUAUAACUUGAAUGAAUCGAAAACAAAGGAUAUUUUUAGUUUAGAAUAAUAAUAUAAAAAAUUAUCAAUUGGACAGGUAAAAGAGAAGCUACAACUUAUAAAAACAAAAUCUUGUCUUUGAUGUUUCUUCUAUUUCUCAGCUGUUGGGACGAAUGGGUAGGCAUGGACCGACUAAUGAAACACACUCCGGAUAAUGUCUUGAAGCAGCAGGCCCUAGAGAAAAAACAAGGUGUAGACAAGAGUUUGAAGCCUGGACGUUCUUCUCAGACGAAGCCAAAAAACUCUACUGAUUCAAAGAUGGACAAGGAAGAUCCUAAAAGCAGUGUGGCAAAAGGGAAGAAGCGUAAAAGUGAUUCAGGAAUGGAGAAGGAUAAUUUGCCUGUAGAAAAGCUUGUCAAGAUCCAAAUUCCAUCAACACUAAAGAAGCAACUUGUUGAUGAUUGGGAAUUUGUCACCCAGCAGGAUAAGUUUGUUAAACUUCCCCGGUCACCAAAUGUGGAUGAUAUUUUGACAAAGUACCUAGAAUAUAUGUCGAAGAAGGAUGGCAUGAUAACUGAUUCCAUUGGAGAAAUUUUGAAAGGCAUACGGUGUUAUUUCGACAAAGCAUUGCCUGUGAUGCUACUAUACAAAAAAGAGCGUCAACAAUAUCAUGAUACUGUCAAAAUUGAUGUAUCUCCAUCUACUAUAUAUGGUGCUGAACAUUUGCUGAGGCUCUUUGUUAAAUUACCAGAGCUCUUGGCCUAUGUGAACAUUGAAGAGGAUACAUCAACCCGCUUGCAACAGAAAUUACUCGACUUUCUCAAAUUUCUACAUAAGAACCAAAGUACUUUCUUCCUUUCAGCUUAUGAUGGAUCAAAAGUUUCUGAAGGCAAAGUCAAAGGGAAGGAUUAGUGAGCUGCUGUUAUAUGUGCCCUCUCCAUGCCUGUUAUUGUUGCCGUCAUCAAUUUGGUGGCUGGCUGACAUGACCAAAUUGGUAUGCCAUUAUCUGCUUUAACAAGACGCGGAAUGGGCAUCCAUUUGUUGUUGUAACAGUAGUAUUUGUUAAUUCUUUAUCCCCCCAGGGGGGAGGAUGUUUAUUAUAAAACAUUUGGUAGCUAACUCUGUACAAUGGCUCGUCGCAGGCCGUUACAUUUUUAAAUGAUUUGGCGGUGCAUUAGCCAGAGGUGCAACAAUGUGCGGUUGUAAUUGAGACGUAACAACUGCUAUUAAACUACGUUUGCAAAUCACAACUUGAACUUUCUCAA